UAAAUUCCUAAGCAACCAAACGGAAUCCUCCUAUAAAUUAAAACUCCUCACUGCAGCUGUCAUCCUCUCUUUUUCCCAUCCAUUUUUCCUCGCUUUCUCAUCAACCAAACAUCACCAUACUCAUUCCGUUUCAAAAGAGAGGGAAAGAAAUGGGCGUCGAAAACAACACUUGUGGGAACCUCAUUUUCACGUACGGUACAUUAAAAUGUGGCUUUUCCAAUCACGCACUUCUUCAAGAUUUGAUGCGAACCGGAGACGCCGUAUUCAAAGGCACCUACACAACCGUGGAGAAAUAUCCACUCGUCUGCGGACCUUACCGCGUUCCUUUCCUCCUCAACAUGCCCGGUUCGGGGCACCAAGUCUGGGGCGAGCUGUACGCCGUGUCGGAUCGGGGACUCGGCCGCCUCGACGAGUUGGAAGGCACGAGUCGCGGGCAUUACGAGCGGCUGCCCAUUCAGCUGAUGCCAAUUGGCAACGUGAACAAAGAGAACGAGGACGAGUCCUUAACGUGCGCGGCGGAGGCGGAGGCGUAUUACGCGCACAGGAGUUACGAGAAGGAGAUAUGGAAGAGGAACGGGAGGAAAGGGUUGCGGAUUUAUUCAGAGACAGAAGCCAAAGGUUACGUGAAACGAAAAGAUAGGCCUCAAAAUCUUAGUUUUUUGGAUCAAAUUAGGAUUUUUAUUUCUUCUCCUUCUGAUUAAUUGAAUGCUGUAAUGUUUGUAUUUUGUUAUAAAAUUUAAUUUUAUUGGCUUUUUUUUUUAUUUUAGUGUAAUUUGGAAUAUUGAAUGAAUUCCAAGUAAGAAAUAAUAUUAGA